AUGGCUGGCAAGCCAAGCUAUACAAGGAAACAAAUUGAGUUUGUUCUCAUCCAUAUUCUCGACAAAGUCGCCCUGCAUAGAAUCAUCGAUGCCUUUAAGGAGACAUUUAGCCAGGAUGUGACUAUUGGGCAGAUUAAAUAUUUAAAGAGCAAGUACGGCAAAGAUCCAGACUAUGGGUCGCCUCUUCUUGAAGGACGUGUGAGGAUAGUGGAAGAACUGGCAACCUUGCUCAUGUCCAAUUUCGAGCAUUGGAACGCCCAAAAGAGCCCCUAUCAACCGUCGCAACAAGGAUAUGGCGACCAAUUUAUAACCAUCGACAUGCCUCAAGCAAUGCCCGACGAAACCAGCAAUGGUAUUGGCCAGUGUGGCAAUACAUUUCAAGAAACCGCCGGAUACAGGAGCCACGAUGCGUCAACCACCGACGCGGAUGUCGACCAGCAGUCAAGCUACAGCAGCGAUGCUCUAGAGCUGGUUCGCCACACCCACGACCACGCAGCCGCACGAGGUGUUGGGGAGGGCUGGAGUUUCUUUGACGAGGCGGUGGCGUUCGCCGAUCCACGGACGGGGAGCAUGGAUGAGCAUGGCGUUCUCGACGAGGCCGAUACGCUCCUCGCAGCGGCUUUUACAGAUUCCGAAAUGGCUGGCGCAUACAUGGACUGA